UGUUUACCAUUCGACCUUCCUCUCCCGCGCAUGAGCAAAGAUGAUGAAGAGACAAUGAAAAUGGCUGACAUGGAGACGUUUGUGUUUGACAGUAGCAGAGAACAUGGGGGAGAGGAACUGGAGAGUUCAGAGAGGAGUGGGAAUGAGGAUAAUGGUGAUUGCACAGGAGAGGAGUUGACAGGAGAUGGAAAAGACGAACUCACGAAGCAUGACGCUAAACACAAGAGAAAGAAACACAAACACCGCAGCAAACACCGGAAACACAAGCACCCGUCUCCAGAAGACAAGGACCGCAGACACAAGCACAGGCACAAACAUAAGAAGCGCAAACGCAAAGAUUCAGCUAAAGGGGAUGAUGCUGUGGAUAAUUUCCUAGAGGGAGAGGAUGAUCUCUCCCCCUCCUCACUGAAGAGACCCAGGCUGGAUGACCUGGCUGUUUUGGAGGACCUGGAGAAGCAAAGGGCCAUGAUUCAGGCUGAGCUGGACAACGAACUGAUGGAGGGCCGGGUGCACUCCGGCAUGGGCCUCAUCCUGCAGGGUUACAACUCGGGCUCAGAGGAAGACGGCGGUGAGUUCCAGGAGAGGGUACGCAACGGAGAGCAGCCGAGGGGACAAGGCGGUGCACACUCAGGCAGGGAGGCCGGGAGAAGCCGAUGGGACUUUACAGAAGAGGCAGCUUUUGGCUCCAGACGUCGCAGCCGAAGCAGGUCCAAGGAGCGUGAGGUAAAGCAGCACAAGGACGAGAGGAGAAAGAGCAGGAGUGAAGCGGAGUCGGACACCAGGCAUCAGGAGAAAGCUCCCCGCAGGCGGUCUCCAGAAAGGAGCUCCAGAAGUGCGGACCAGUCCAAAGAGAGAAGAACGUCUGUAGAGAAAGUCGGCCAGCACUCUCAGUCACCCGAGGCCCCGCUGAUGGGCAGCAUAGUGAAAAGAGCCCCCUCACCCUCCACGAUGGCGCCACCAGGAGAACAGAAACCCACACGGUCCAAAUCAGACGAGAGGAGGAGCCGGUCCAGGGAGAGGCGCUCUCGCUCCAGAGAGUGGAGGACCAAGAUGCCAGAGGCUGAGAAGGAGAAGGACAAAGACAAGAGGCCAGGCAAGUCCCCUACCAAAGAGACAUCAUCAGGGAAAGAGAACCGAUCGCCCAGCCGCAAGCGGGGACCCAGCCCCCAGCAGCACAGCGCCUCCCCCAGGCGAAGGGAGCACCACUCCCCUCAGCGUGCCGACAGGAGGUCCGCCCCAGGCUCCUCCACAUCCCGCUACAGAUCUCCAGGCAGAAGGGGGCACUCACGGUCUCAGGAGAGGAGGAGAAGGGAGGGAGAUCGUCCAAGGCCUUCACCUGUCAGAACACGUCCACGGGAAGAAUUGUCAGCUAGAGGCCGAGAGGGGACAAGGGAGAUGAGCCCCACAUCAGGUGGUAGACGAAGACCCAGUCGGUCACCCCAGAGACGCAGAUCACGCUCUCCCAGGAGACGAAUCAGCAGGUCACCUCUUAGACGCAGGUCUAUGGACAGGGACAGACUGGGUCGGAGACUGCGUCGGCGCUCUGGUUCACGAGAGGGGCGCCCAGGGAGACGGAGCCGGGACCGAGAGGACAAGUUUAAGGGCAGCUUGUCCGAAGGCAUGAAGGCAGAGCAGGACGAUUCUGAUGAUGAAGUGCUGGUGGAUUUUGAGGUGGACGAAGAGGAUGAGGAGGCUCUCAUUGAGCAGAGAAGACUUCAGCGUUUGGCCAUUGUGCAGAAGUACAAGGGGGGGAAUGAGGACAGCAACAUGUCGGCCCCCUCGGAGCCCAGCAGCCCCCAGAGCACCCCCCGCAGCCGCUCCCCCUCCCCCGACGACAUCCUGGAGCGCGUGGCCGCCGACGUCAAGGAGUACGAGCGCGAGAACCUGGAUACCUUCGAGGCCAAUGUCAUGGCCAAGCAGAAUUUGCUAGCCCAAGAGAAAGAAGGAUCCGGUGCGAGAAAGCCAUCAGCGCCGGAUAUGUUUACGGAGUCCGAUGACAUGUUUGCAGCCUACUUUGAUAGUGCAAGGCUACGAGCAGCUGGCAUUGGGAAAGACUUCAAAGAGAACCCCAACCUCAAGGACAACUGGACGGAUGCAGAGGGUUACUACCGAGUAAAUAUUGGGGAGAUGUUGGACAAGAGGUACAGUGUGUAUGGAUACACAGGACAAGGUGUGUUCAGCAACGUGAUCCGUGCCAGAGACAUGGCCAGAGCCAACCAGGAGGUGGCCGUGAAGAUCAUCCGUAACAAUGAGCUCAUGCAGAAAACGGGCCUUAAAGAGCUGGAAUUCCUAAAGAAGCUGAAUGAUGCUGACCCUGACGACAAGUUCCACUGUCUCCGGCUCUUCAGGCACUUCUACCACAAGCAGCACCUGUGCCUAGUGUUCGAGCCGCUCAGUAUGAACCUCCGUGAGGUGCUGAAAAAGUAUGGCAAAGAUGUGGGGCUGCAUAUCAAGGCUGUGCGGUCCUACAGCCAGCAGCUCUUCCUGGCCCUCAAACUGCUCAAGCGCUGCAACAUCCUCCAUGCUGACAUCAAGCCAGACAACAUUCUGGUGAACGAGUCCAAGACCAUCCUCAAACUGUGUGACUUCGGAUCAGCCUCACAUGUGGCCGACAACGACAUCACUCCAUACCUGGUCAGCCGUUUCUACCGGGCACCAGAAAUCAUCAUUGGGAAGCCGUAUGAUUAUGGACUCGACAUGUGGUCAGUGGGAUGCACUCUCUACGAGUUGUACACAGGGAAAAUCCUCUUUCCUGGGAAAACCAACAACCACAUGAUUAAGCUUGCAAUGGACCUAAAGGGCAAGAUGCCUAACAAGAUGAUUAGAAAAGGCUUGUUCAAGGACCAGCACUUUGAUCAAAAUUUAAACUUCCUUUACAUAGAAGUAGAUAAGGUUACUGAGAGAGAGAAGGUCACCAUCAUGAGUACCAUUAACCCCACCAAGGACCUACUGGUCGAUAUGAUUGGCCGCCAGAGACUUCCGGAGGACCAGCGUAAAAAGGUCAUGCAGCUCAGAGACUUAAUGGACCAGAUUAUCAUGCUGGACCCAGCCAAGAGGAUCAGCAUCAACCAGGCCCUGCAGCACCCCUUCAUCCAGGAGAAGAUCUGAGAUCUCACAGCACCCCUCCGGACUCAUGAGGACUCACACUUAAGUACUCCAAAUCCUGCCCAAAACGUGCUGCAAACAGUACAUUUGUAUCCCACAUUCUUGACUUUUUUUUUUUUUUUUUUUUUUUUUUUCUUAGCAACACGCAUUUUUAGGCUUCUCGUUCCUUUGUUUGUGUGCAGUGAUAUAUCAAAUCAGGGGUGUAGAGUAUCUGUUAAGUUUGUUCUUGAAAGGGUUGUUGUAAAAUAUCAAGAAGAACUGCGCUGAAUUCUACUUAAAAAUGAUAUUUCAGAGAAUAACAUGUCUGUUCUACAUGUAAGUCUCAGAUUUGCCUGAUUGUGUAAAAUAAGCUUAGCUUUUUAGCUGUUGUAGCAGACUUCCUCAGAACUGUAAAUAUGUUUCACUAAGCUAUUCAGAUCCUGAGUAGAAGGAAGAAGGGUUUUUUUGGGGGGUAUCAUUUGAAGUCGGCAAUGCUACGACACAAAAUGUCAGUGGGCCUUACAAGGGACUGUGUUUAGGUUUCCAGUUUCAGUUUAGAGCGAAGUACAGCCACCUGUAUAUAGAUGAGGUAUACAGUGUGGUCUUGGUAGUGUGGUUUAAGACCAGCAUAAAUGCUGUGCGUGUCCACGUCUCCCUCAGGUGUGAGAGCGAGAGUGCGCCCACCCCUUCCCCACCUCCAACGGUGUGCAGGCCCUCGUCCGCAUGCCCUCGCUGUAGGUGUGUCUCUGCCCAAUUUGGCAUCUCGGGGGUCCAACUGGUGGCUCACCUGCAGGGGAAGGCCGCCUCUUUUUCAGGCAGGUUGGGUACCACUUUCAGUACACUGAAGGUAAGCAUACUCCGCCCUCCCCUCCCAAAGGCCCCCUCGGUUAGCUUCUCCUGGUGUUCUUAUCACAUGUUAAUAUACGUGUCGUGUGAACAUCCUCUGACUCUAAAUUGAUUUUACUGUUUGGUUGUUUUUUUUUUUUACUGUUUGGUCUGGUUUUUUUUGCGGGGUAUCGCCUGCAUGUUGCAAACUUUAAACAAGAACCUCCAGAGUUUGUAGUUUUGGUGUUUCUUAUCUGUUUUCCUGUUGAUGGUAUGGCCAAUCUAAAUGCAAAAAAAAACAGCAGAACAGAAUUAGAAGAGAACACAUUGAGCGUAUGACGUGUCCAGAGAGAGGUAUUCAGGGUACGGGUGGGAAGGGGGGCUGCAGCACCUUCAGUGUACUGUUGCUUCUGUUCGUGCAGAGCCGUUGUGCAGUGUGCUCUCCCAGUUUCCUGAUUUCACCCUUGAAAUGGCUGAAACUGCACAUUGACAUGUUUAAACUCCAGUUGUGUCGCCUGCACUACCCCCUGUGUUUCUUUCAGUUUGAAUGUGCACUUUCCAAAGGCUGUUUAAAAUGCUUUUCUUGUGUUGUAUCCUCUGUUCUUAUGUGUGUUUGUGAUCAUGUUGUCUUUUGAUACAGGGGUAUUCCUGAUCUGGUCUUUGAAUCUGCUUGUUAUGAGCGGUAAUUGCUUCUUUACUUUAUUUCCUGAAUAAUGUCAAGGCCACCUUUGGAAGUUCUGUAUACAUUUACAGAAAACAAAAUAGCAGCCAGUAUACUAUAAAGUAGUAAAUGUUUAACUAUUUUCUCCUUUUCUUUUUUUUUCUCUCUCCUGCAUGCUGACUUGACAGUUUGAAUUUAUUGUAAAUUCACAGUAAAUGUGAUCUGUUAAAGAACAAAAAAAUAAAAAUGUUUUGUGAAGAGAGUAAUGACUAAGCAAGUAUGAAGACCUCCGGUCUCUCAUUUUGAAACAAGGCCGUCAGUCAGUUUCCGCAGUGAUUCUUCCAUGUCAGGGUUUAUUGAAAAGACUCUGUGUGCAUUGCAGGAAGCAGUAGAGCAUCCAGUUGUGUAUUUCCCGCGACUAACUGUUGUUUGUGAUGUUUUUCCUGCUGUUCCCCCCCCUCCAUCCCCCCUGGUUGCUGAGAGAGAGGCAGAGACCCAGUAUGCCCCCACCAGCCCAGCGGGGCUCUGCCUUGAGCACCCUCCCUCCAGAGCCUGCCUCUGCUUUCACUGAGACGACACCUCCACAAGGCUGCUCACCCAGGUCAUUUCUAAUGGCAUGUGUAGCUGAGUGCCAAAGCCAUGUUAAGAUGUACAUCUGAACAAGGGGGUGGGACGGAUUAUAAGCUACAUUUACUGUCUGUUCAAGAUGAAAGAUAGCCCUGUAGGGCACUUUCAUGGUUUUCAAUUGCAUAGUUUACAAUUACGAGGGCUUAGAGGUGAUUGUAAAAGGGUAAAAUGUCUGCUGAGCCACAUUUUAGAAGACUAUACUGCAGGAGCAGAGACCUAUGUGAAGUUAUGCUUGGGUAGAUCUUACACGGGUGUGCAUGAAGCAGCAACUUCAUAAUCUAACAAAAGACUGUGGAGAUCCAAGUUUUUAUGUAGGCUAAUGUUCUGAAAUUGCUUCACAAAAGCUGUGAUUUGUAUAACUGCUUGUCAUAAGCAGCUACUAAAUCUAUGACCUUGUAUCUGUCUGUAGAACCGUGUGAUUGGGUUAAUCUAGUGCCUCUCAUACUUCUUCACAGCUAGCCAAUACGGGGGAAAUCCUCAUACACAUGAGCUGCGUUUUCAGAUGCUUCAAUCUGUAUUGUCCUUUCAAGUGUGCAUCAAGAUGCUGGUUUACGUAUUCUCUGUUUUAGGUGCAGCCCCUUAGAGAAGUCUCACAAGGAACCUCUACUGGACAAAGGUUUCUGUUCUAGAGAGCGUACUUUUUAAAGUUUAAACAUGGCUGCAGUUUGCUUUUGUCCCCUUAAAGACUAGAACAGCUGUUUUUAAGAAAUAAUACAUUAUAGUGCAUUUGUAGUACACUAUUAUAAUUAAAAUUAUAAAUAUAUAUUUUACAUGUAGUACUGACUUGAGAAAGGUUUACAUGGUGACAUUACCACACUUGAGCUAUUAAUAAUUAAUUGGCAUAUCUAUGCCAAGUGAUCAACAUUGAGGUAAUGCCUUUCUUCUUUGUUACUGAACCAUCUGUACAGAUACAAGUAUGAUCACUCUGGUGACCUUAAAUAUUUGUGUUUUUCAGGGUAAGUCAUCUUCCUCCAUUUCCUUGUUUGGCCAUACAAGACAUCAAGUCCCGAUUUCCCAUCUACCGCCUAGUGAUUGUUCUCUGUGGAGUGUGCUGUUUUAUUCAUCUUUAAGAAUGUUGAUGUCUACUCUUACGUCUAACUCUUUGGUGCAAACAUGAACAUGCAUAGAAACUGUGGAGUACAUCAUGUCUUAAAACUUCAAAAUAAAUUGGAAUGAUUGUAACCUUUA